CAGAGCCUGUGUGUGGGAGAGAGAAGAAGAAUGGAGAAGUCCAGGAAAAAAUUUAUUGGUGUGGUAGAUGAGGCAGUAGCAGCCGCCAACUCCAUGCAUCGUGAUGAACUGCUCUUUUCUUACAAGGGAAUUCUUUACCCUACCACUGUUUGCAGUCCUGAAAUUUUCAAAGCCUUGGAGUCCUUUGAAGCCAGAAGGGAUGAUGUAAUUUUGGCAGGAUACCCUAAAUCCGGCACAAACUGGCUAAGUCAAAUCUUAACUGAUCUGAUAGCCAUAUCUCAAAAGAAAACACCUGGUAGUGAAAGCAGUGUAAAUGCUGAAGAACCAGAAGAAUUCCCCUACCUCGAGGUUGGAGAUGCUGAGAAAUAUGAGCGAAUGACCAAAUUACCUUCUCCAAGAUUUAUGGUUACUCAUCUCCGUCCUGAAAAUCUUCCCAAAUCUAUCUUCCAAAACUAUGCCAAGAUAUUGUUACUGAUUCGUAAUCCAAAAGAUGUUGCUACAUCUUUCUACCACUUUUGCAAUGGCCUGCCUACUCUUCCCUCCUAUGAGACCUGGGAUGAUUUCUUCACAGAUUUCAUGACAAAGAAAAUGGCCUGGGGAUGCUAUUUUGAAUACCUCUCUGAAUGGAACAAAUAUGCUGACAAAGAAAAUAUUAUGACAAUAACUUAUGAAGAGGUAAAAGAGAGCAGCUUCCAGUCCAUGAAGAAAAACUCAGACAAGACCCAUGGUUCAGCUGGCAAUAUUCUCUUUCGCAAAGGUGGUGUAAGUGACUGGAAGAAUCUUUUCACUGAAGAUCAGAAUGAGAAAAUGGACAAAGCAUUUGAAGAACAUAUAGCAGGAACGAAACUUGGGAAAAAGUUGAAGUAUGACUUGUACUGCAAAGCCUGAAGAGAAAUGAAAUGUGGUUAGAGCAAGAACUUUGCAAGGCAGACUCAGAUUAUCUGAAUGCUAUAU